CUCUCAGCUCCUCCUCCCAGCGAACAGCCCAGCUGGGAUAUAAGCGAGUCACUCGGAGCCAGCGGGGAGCUGCCGCGACAGCUGGCCGGGUGGCGUGGGGACAUCGCGCCGCGACCUGAGCCGUGCCCUUCGCCUCCACUCCGCACCCCGAUGGCGACGCCUUCGCAAAAAAGGAGCACCCGCAGCGGGGCUUCGGGGACCCCCCUGUCCCCCACCCGCAUCACGCGGCUGCAGGAGAAGGAGGAGCUGCAGCAGCUCAAUGACCGCCUGGCCGUGUACAUCGACAAGGUGCGCUCGCUGGAGCUGGAGAACGCCGGCCUGAGGCUCCGCAUCACCGAGUCCGAGGAGGUGGUGAGCCGGGAGGUGUCGGGCAUCAAGGCUGCCUACGAGUCGGAACUGGCGGAUGCCCGCAAGACCUUGGAUUCGGUGGCCAAGGAGAGGGCUCGGCUGCAGCUGGAGCUCAGCAAAGUGCGGGAGGAGCACAAGGAGCUGAAAGCGCGGAAUGCCAAGAAGGAAGGGGACCUGCUGACUGCCCAGGCACGCCUGAAGGACGUGGAGGCUUUGCUUAACUCCAAGGAGGCCGCGCUCUCCACGGCCCUGGGUGAGAAGAGGAACCUGGAAAAUGAAGUGCGGGACCUGAGGGGACAAGUGGCCAAGCUGGAAAGCGCCCUGGGUGAAGCCAAGAAGCAGCUGCAGGAUGAGAUGCUGCGGCGCGUGGAUGCCGAGAACCGACUGCAGACCCUCAAGGAGGAGCUGGAAUUCCAGAAGAACAUCUACAGCGAGGUGAGCUGGGAUGUGCUGUGUGGGAUCAGCCCCACUGGCCUCUUCUUCCCUGCCAGGCUGAGGCUGUCCCCCAGCCCUUCAUCCCACAAAGGUGCCUCCCGAAGCCACCUGUCCACUUCGAGCUCCUCCAAGAAGAGGAAGCUGGAGGACAGCGAGAGCCGGACCAGCUUCUCCCACCAUGCCCGGACCAGCGGCCGUGUUGGCGUGGAGGAGGUGGACCUGGAGGGCAAGUUUGUCCGUCUCAGGAACAAGUCCAACGAGGUGAGCUUGCCUUUGAUUGUGGUGCAGGAGCACAGAGGCCAAGGGGACAUCUUUGUGCCAGAGAUUGUGGUGCAGGAACCCAGAAGGUGA